AUGGAUAACUGGAAAAAUGUAAAAAACAAAAAUCUACGUAAUAGUGGACGUGAGUAUACAUCACGGAGUAAAAAGAUUGUACCAGCUAAAACACCUCCAAACAUGCAACAAGUUUGUGACAAGAAUAAAUGUCCUUGGCAGCAAUGUGCAAUAUUGACUUUAGCAAGAAAAAUUGAAUUAUUUAACGAAUUUUAUAAUUUAACAUAUGAUGAACAAUCAGCUCUUUUGAUUUCGUUUAUAAAAGUGAACAAUCCUAAAAGAAGACGACAAGGAAAGACAGAUGCUACAUCUCGACGAUUUUGUUCUUUUAAAUAUUAUAUAGAUGAUUCUCAGGUAUGUAAGGAUACUUUUUUAAAUACAUUUAAUAUAACAAGAAGACGUGUUAUGACAUUACAAGACAAAAUGAAAUCAGGUAUUUUAAUACCUAAGGAUGGCCGUGGAAAACAUAGUAAUAGACCUCAUGCAAUUGACGCACCUGUAAAAGAUUUAAUUAGACAACACAUAAAUAGUUUACCCCGUCAACCAUCACAUUACAGCCGCCUCACAACAGAUAACUUGCAAUGUUUAAGUCCAGACUUAAAUUUAUGUAAACUCUAUCGAUCUUUUAAAAAUAAAUAUCCUAAUAUAAAUACCAGUCAACGUAUCUAUAACAAUGUAUUUCAAUCGGAAUUUAAAUUACGUUUCGGCUAUCCACGUUCAGAUACAUGCAAACAGUGUGAUUUUUUUUAUAAUAAAUUAAUAGCAGCUGAUACAGAGGAAGAAAGAAAAAAAAUAGAAAUUGAUAGUAUGUUGCAUCAUUCUAGAGCCGAGCAAUCGUAUGAUGCCCUUAAAAAAGAUACAGAGUUCGCUAGACUAAAUAGCUCUACUGUAGUACUUUGUGUUGAUCUACAACAAGUAUUAUUUUGUCCAACUCUUACACAUUCUAAUAUGUUUUAUCAGAGACAACUUUCCAAUUAUAAUUUUGCGAUUCAUAAUAUGGGAAAUAAUGCAGUUUCAAUGCAUUUGUGGUAUGAAUGUAUCGCUAAAAGAGGCUCAUUAGAAAUAGCUUCGUGUAUUUUAAAUUUUAUCGAGUCUAAUUUUAAUAUUCUUGAACAUGGUGAAGAGAGGAAGUUGAUAAUAUGGUCUGAUAGAUGCGUUGGUCAAAAUAAUAACUGGCGAAUAUUAAACAUGUAUUCCUAUCUAGUCUCUUGUAAGUAUUUUACAGAAAUUCAUCAAAAAUUUCUUUCGACUGGCCAUAGCUUUUUACCAUGUGACCGUGAUUUCGCUUUAAUUGAAAAACAAAAAAAAACAGCAAAAGUGCUUGUACCGUCACAAUGGAAAUACGUUAUCGCUAAUGCAAGGUUAGAAAAACCAUUUACUAUUGUUGAAAUGUCUCAAAUUGAUUUUAAAGACUUUUCCUCGCUAGAAAAAGAUAUGACAAAAAAAAAACUAAAAAUAACUCAAGCAAUGUGGUUAAAAUUGUCAGCUGAUGCUCCUAUGCAUGUAAGUAUUCGUGAAAGUCAUAAUACUCUAAGACCAUGGAAAUCACAUGAAAUACGUCAUAACAACUUUGGAGAGAAUAUUUUAUCUAUUAAAGACUUACCACCAGCAUAUCAAUGUCCAUUGGCCUUGACAAAAGAAAAGAAAAAAGAUCUUUUAGAUAUGUGCAAGUAUAUUCCUCAAAAAUAUAGUGACUUUUUUAAAUCAUUGCCAGGAUAAUGUAAAUUAUUAUUAAAUUUAA